AUGAGGUGCCACUACGAGGUGCUCGGCGUCGAGCGGGACGCGGACGACGACGCGCUCAAAAAGGCGUACCGCAAGCUGGCGCUCAAGUGGCACCCCGACAAGAACCAGGACCAGAUCGAGCUCGCCACCGAGACCUUCAAGCAGAUCCAGUCCGCCUACGCGGUGCUCUCGGAUAAGCACGAGCGCGCAUGGUACGACGACCACCGCGAGGCCAUCCUGCGCGGCGCCGGCGGCGGCUCCGCGGGCGGCGGCGACGAGGACGACGACGGCGGCUUUGACCUGUGGGCGUACUUCUCGUCGUCCGCCUACUCGGGCUUCGGCGACGACGAGCGUGGCUUCUACGCGGCGUACAGCCGCGUGUUCGAGGCCGUCGACAAGGCGGAGCGCGACAGCGGCGCCAAGGGCAAGCCGCCGGCUCCGGAGCUCGGCCGGUCGGACGCCGCGUGGAGCGAG